GACGCCACCACUCCCUGUCGAAUUCCGCUGCAUCACCCAGAAGAGAUCACAAGUCAAGUCCAUAACCAGAACAAACCGGCAGCUGUUUCUUGUCUCUCGCGGAUUACAUACCGCUGAAUACCAGCAUCGAUGGCGUCUCCGUCGCCGUCUUUGCUUCGGGUCUUGUGCCUACACGACGCGGGAUCGAACUCCCUGGAACUAAGCCGGAGGAUCGAUGCCCUGGGACACCAGCUGUAUCAAAAACACGGGAUCGAUCUGGUGUUUGUGGACGCUCCCCUGGUUGUGGAGCGUCCCAAAAAUGCCACCGGGGAAAGGGAACCGAAUUGCUGCAGCCACUUUCGGCCCCGUGACGUCCUGGACCACCCCCCUCGGGCGUGGUGGGAGGCAGAAAACGACAAGCGCGACUUUCCGUCUCUGACGGAGAGGGCGCUGCGAAACGACGGGGGGGGAGACUCCAAACCCGAGAACGAGGAGGCCGGCACCGAGGUAGCAGAGACCUGGGAUCCGACCCGGGAGGAGCAAAACAAGGAGAACGAAUCGGGGGUGGCCGCUACACCUUCCCCUCCCCGCUACGUCGGCUUGGACGCGUCCCUGCUGCUCCUGCGCCAGGUCUGGGCCUCCUCUCCCUUCUGGGGGGUGCUGGCCGUAGGGCAGGCCGCAGGGGUUGCCUCGCUGUUGCCCCUGUUGCCGAAGACCGACGGAAGGCAACCGCAACCGCCGGCGUUCAUGGUUUUUGUCAACGGAGGUGCCCUCCUAAGCGAAGAGGAAGCCCUGGCGGAGCACCUUCACCUGCCCUGUCUCCAUGUUAUCGACAAAGACUCGCCGGAACUGCCAUCCGCAGAGAGACUCGUGCGCCAGUUCGGGGGCAGUGUGGUCGAAGGAGACGGUUCCCUCUCGCAGCGAUCGGCGACGCCUUGUUCCUCGGCUUCCUUCAACAACCACGUCGGGCGGUUCCUGGUCGCCCGCAAGAGAGACCUGCGGAGAAACACGUGUGACGCCGCCGUCCUGGCCCUCCGGCACGAGCUGCACCGCACCGAGGCGGACGCGGCCCAGCUCGUUGCGAGGCACGUUGCGGAGAAUCCCCCGGACGCGCUCAUGGCCGUCAUCACGCCGAGGGAUGUUGGUGGUUUCCGGGACAAGCGCCGGGGUCCGAACGAGGACGGGGGUGGCGCUCCCUGCCCUUCCGAAUUCUUGCUGCACCGGGCCAAGAGGAGCACGACCAGGGCGCACCAGGCGACGCCGGAAGAGGAGGACCACGAGGCGGAGCAAACCCCCGUGGCGGGGAACGGCUCGGAGGCCUCGCGCCACCAUCCGAACCAGCAACACUAGCCAGCAUCGCUUGGUAAACGAAAGCAGAAUCCCAUAGACGCCGUAGAAUAGAUCAUACAAGUCCAA